GCCUCACCCGUAAUUUCUUCGACCGAUGAUGAGGGCAGGUCAUCUUCCCCAUCGAGGAGAUUCCGCAUAUCAGUUUCGCCAACGAGGAAAAUUGAUACUGAUACAGGUGGCAACGGAAAAGCAAGGCGAUUUACCAUCAAACAAGAAUCGGCAGCUCCAUCGAUGGUUUCGGUUCAACGGGUGACACCGCCAAAAGAAGAACGGCUCACACUUGGCAAGGCGCCAUGUGUUCAGUUUGGUGAUGAUGAUAGCCCUCGAGUCCAUGAGUGUUAG